CUCUCCUCGUACCUCAGAUGAGUCAGAAAAUGAGAAUCGGGAGUCAGGACUUUCCCUUAUUCCUCGCGCUCGAGUUCUAUAUAAAGGCAGCUCAGGAUAGUACGUGAUAUCUAGACUCCUCUACACUUUCUCAGUAUCGAUCGUUUUUAGGGUUUUUGUAAAGAAGAAGAGUAACAUAAAGAUUUAAAGAAUGUCGAAAUCACCAGAGCAAGAGCACCCGCGAAAGGCCUUCGGCUUGGCAGCCAAGGAUUCUUCUGGAUUCCUCUCUCCCUUUAAAUUCUCCCGGAGGGCAACGGGAGACGAAGACGUGACCUUCAAAGUGCUCUACUGUGGGAUCUGCCACUCUGACCUUCACGCCGUCAAGAACGAAUGGAAAAUUUCUACCUAUCCGUUACUCCCCGGGCACGAGAUUGUGGGCAUAGUGACGGAGGUGGGGAGCAAGGUUACAAAAUACAAAGUUGGUGACAAAGUGGGUGUUGGGUGUUUGGUGGGAGCUUGUCACUCCUGCGACAACUGCAAGAACGAUCUUGAGAAUUACUGUCCCAAAAUGAUCCUAACCUAUAACUCGACCUACCACGAUGGUACUAUGACCUACGGUGGCUACUCCGACUUCAUGGUUGCCAACGAGCAUUACAUCGUUCGUAUGCCGGAGAACUUGCCCCUAGAAGGUUGUGCGCCGCUGCUUUGUGCCGGAAUCACUGUCUACAGCCCCAUGAAGUAUUACGGACUCUGCUCCCCUGGUAUUCACUUGGGUGUCGUAGGUCUUGGUGGGCUUGGCCAUGUGGCCGUCAAAUUCGCCAAGGCUCUUGGGAUGAAGGUGACUGUCAUCAGCACAAGUACUGGGAAGAAGCAGGAAGCCCUUGAACGUCUUGGUGCUGAUGCCUUCCUGGUCAGUCGUGACCAGGACCAGAUGCAGGCUGCCACAGGCGCAAUGGAUGGUAUCAUUGACACAGUCUCAGCUGACCACCCACUUACGCCAUUGAUAGGUCUACUAAAGACUAAUGGGAAGCUCGUUAUGGUGGGUGCACCCGAGCUCCCACUCCAACUGCCGGCCUUCACUCUACUCAUGGGGAGGAAGAUGGUUGCAGGAAGUGGCAUUGGGGGAAUGAAGGAGACGCAAGAGAUGAUCGAUUUCGCGGCAAAACACAACAUAACCGCCGACAUUGAGCUUAUUCCAGUCGACUACCUCAACACUGCCAUGGAGCGACUUGAAAAGGCCGACGUGAAAUACCGAUUUGUUCUUGAUAUUGGAAACACCUUGACCCCUGCUUAGGCUUAAUUGCUUAAAGCCUUUUGCCUCUAAUUCAGGGUUUAAAAAACACGAAAUUGAGAUCCAGAUUGGAAUCAACCUGAAUUGGUCUAGAUUGAUCACAAAAUCUUUUUUUCUCACCAAUCCCGAUUCUUAAAACCCUGCUUUAGUUGGUUUCUGGCUAGGAAGAGGGUGGGGGUCUCUCUGUCCCUACAAUUUCUUUGUGAGCAAUUUUCCUGUUUUUAAGAAUAAGUUUACUAAAUAUAGACAUGAUCCCCCGAGGGUUGAGAAAACCAUAUAUUGUCUCGGGGUGGACUUUGGAAAGAAGUGCAGUUUUACAAACUAGACUUUCAUACUAUUAUUUGGCA